CUCCUGUCCUGGGGGUGACUGAGUGGGUCACCACCCCGGGGCACUACAAGUGCCCGGGCACUGCCAGGGCCUCCUCGCAGCCAGCCAAGGAGGACCUCGUAGGGAAAGAGGCAGCGACGACGAGUGGGGCGGGGACUCGACGUAGGCCCCGCCCCUCCCGGCGGCGCGGCCGUGUUCCUGGGCUAUGACUGGUCGGUCUCUCCAGUAAGCGUCACGAUUGGUCCCCUUGCGGCCGUUGAGAUUUGAACUCCCAAGUUUGCGCCGCGCGGCGCCUGGUCCCUAGGCGGGUUUUUGCCUCCGCCUUCCCGGCAUUGGCAGAUUUCCUUGCCCGUUUGAGCGCUGCCUCGCUGAUCGGUGUGUAUUGUACGCUCCGUAUUUUUUUCUUUCAUUUCAGCCCCAAAACCGGAGUCGGAGGAACGGCGGGUGAACUCCUGUAAAGUCCUGUAAGCCAGAGGGAGAACGAUGUCUCCCCAGGUGUAUGAGUUCCAUCUGCCUUUAUCCCCAGAAGAAUUGUUGAAAAGUGGAGGAGUGAAUCAGUAUGUUGUGCAAGAGGUACUGUCCAUCAGACAUCUUGCACCACAGCUUAGAGCAUUUCAGGCUGCCUUCCAAGCUCAGGGGCCACUGGCUAUGCUAGAGCACUUUGAUACCAUCUACAGCAUUCUGCAUCACUUUCGAAGUAUAGAUCCUGGCCUCAAGGAAGAUACUCUGGAAUUCCUGAUCAAAGUGGUAUCCCGCCAUUCCCAGGAGCUUCCAGCUAUCCUGGAUGAUGCAGCUUUGAGUAGAUCAGAUAGACAUGCCCACCUAAAUGCCCUUAAAAUGAACUGCUAUGCGCUGAUACGCCUCCUGGAAUCCUUUGAGGCUAUGAGCAGCCAGACGAGUCUCGUGGACCUGGACCUGGGUGGGAAGGGCAAGAGAGCCCGUGCCAAGGCAGCCCAUGGCUUUGACUGGGAAGAAGAGAGGCAACCAGUUCUUCAGCUUUUAACGCAGCUCCUGCAGUUGGACAUUCGUCACCUGUGGAACCACUCAGUCAUUGAAGAGGAGUUUGUCAGUUUGGUUACCGGCUGCUGCUACCGCCUCCUGGAGAACCCCACCAUCGGUCACCAGAGGAACCGCCCCACCCGGGAAGCCCUCACGUACCUGCUGGGUGUAGCCUUGGCACGUUAUAACCAUAUGCUCAGUGCCACCGUCAAGAUCAUCCAGAUGCUGCAGCACUUCGAACACCUGGCACCUGUACUGGUGGCAGCCGUGAGUCAGUGGGCAGCUGACUAUGAGAUGAAGAGCAUAGUGGGAGAGAUUGUAAGAGAAAUUGGACAGAAGUGUCCCCAGGAGCUGAGUCGGGAUGCUUCAGGGGCGAAGGGCUUUGCAGCCUUCCUGACAGGACUAGCAGAGCACAUCCCAGCCAUCCUGAUGUCCAGCAUGUGCAUUUUGCUAGAUCAUCUGGAUGGAGAGAAUUACAUGAUGCGCAAUGCUGUGCUAGCAGCCAUGGCCGAGAUGGUACUGCAGGUUCUGAAUGGUGACCAGCUGGAGGAAGCAGCCCGAGACACCAGAGACCAGUUCUUGGACACUUUGCAAGCCCAUGGCCAUGAUGUCAACUCCUUCGUGCGGAGCCGUGUUUUGCAACUCUUCACCAGAAUCGUCCAGCAGAAGGCUCUCCCCUUGACGCGUUUCCAAGCAGUGGUGAACUUAGCAGUGGGACGUCUUGCAGACAAGUCGGUGCUAGUGUGUAAAAAUGCCAUCCAGCUGUUGGCCAACUUUCUUGCCAAUAAUCCCUUUUCCUGCAAGCUUAGUGAUACUGACCUUGCUGGACCACUGCAGAAGGAAACCCAAAAAUUACAAGAGCUGAGGGCCCAAAGGCGAACUGCAGCUGCUUCCACAGCUCUGGACCCAGAGGAGGAGUGGGAAGCCAUGUUGCCGGAGCUGAUGUGUACCCUGCAGCAGCUGCUAAAACUUCCCCAGGGGGAAGAGGAGGUUCCUGAGAAGAUUGCUAGUACAGAGACCGCUGAAGAGGUGAAGGGACGCAUCCGCCAGUUGCUUGCCAAAGCCAGUUACAAGCAGGCAAUCAUUCUCACUCGAGAAGCCACAGGCCUCUUCCAGGAGUGUGAACCCUUCAGUCAUAUGGACCUUGAGGAGCCAGAGGAGACCAGCUUUCUGCAUCUCUUGGGAACUAUCUUCAAAACGCCAGCAGCUUCCACACAGAAGAAUCCCCAAGGGUCUGCAGGGAACAUGGGCCCAGGACAGACGGACUGUAAAGACAAGCCAAAUGUGUCAGAACCUGAGAAAUCCAGGGGAAGCGAUGAACUGGUGAAGCAGGAGAUGCUCGUCCAGUAUCUGCAGGAUGCCUACAGCUUCUCUCUGAAGAUUACAGAGGCCAUUGGCAUCAUCAGCAAGAUGAUGUAUGAAAACACGACUACUGUGGUACAGGAGGUGAUUGAAUUCUUUGUGAUGGUAUUCCAAUUUGGGGUACCUCAGGCCCUAUUUGGGGUACGCCGCAUGCUGCCUCUCAUCUUGUCCAAGGAGCCUGGCAUCCGGGAAGCUGUGCUUAAUGCAUACCGCCAACUCUACCUCAGCCCCAAAGGGGACUCCGCCAGAGCCAGGGCCCAGGCUUUGAUUCAUAAUCUCUCCUUGCUACUGGUGGAUGCCUCAGUUGGGACCAUUCAGUGUCUUGAGGAAAUUGUCUGUGAGUUUGUACAGAAGGAUGAAUUGAAACCAGCAGUGACCCAACUGUUGUGGGAGCGGGCAACUGAGAAGGUGCCCUGCUCUCCUCUGGAGCGCUGUUCCUCUGUCAUGCUUCUUGGGAUGAUGGCACGAGGGAAACCAGAAAUUGUAGAAAGCAACUUAGACACACUGGUGAGCAUAGGGCUGGAUGAGAAGCUCCCACAGGACUACAGGCUGGCCCAGCAGGUGUGCCACACCAUUGCCAACAUCUCCGACAGCAGAAAGCAGCCCUCUCUGGGCAAACAUCACUCUCCCUUCCGGCUGCCUCAGGAACACAGGUUGUUUGAGCGACUGCGUGACAUGGUCACCAAAGGCUUUGUCCAUCCAGACCCACACUGGAUCCCAUUCAAAGAGGUUGCAGUGACCCUCAUUUACCAGCUGGCAGAGGGCCCCGAGGUGAUCUGCGGCUACAUACUGCAGGGCUGUGCGCAGCAGGCCCUGGAGAAGCUGGAGGAGCGGAGCCCCACCAAAGAGGACCCAAAGGUCACCCUCAUGCUCCCCACUUUCCUGUUGAUGAACCUGCUGUCCCUGGCUGGGGAUGUGGCCCUGCAGCAGCUGGUACAUCUGGAACAGGCAGUGAGUGGAGAGCUCUGCAGGCGUCGAGUGCUUCAGGAGGAACAGGAGCAUAAGACUAAAGAUCCAAAGGAGAAGAAUACAAGCUCUGAGACCACCAUGGAGGAGGAGAUGGGACUGGUAGGGGCCACUGCUGAUGACACAGAAGCCGAGCUAAUCCGUAGCAUCUGUGAGAAGGAACUAUUAGAUGGCAAACAGAUGCUGGCUGCCUUCGUUCCACUUCUGCUAAAAGUCUGCAACAACCCUGGCCUCUAUAGCAGCCCAGAGCUCUCUGCAGCUGCUUCCCUUGCCCUUGGCAAAUUCUGCAUGAUCAGUGCCACUUUCUGUGACUCCCAGCUUCGUCUUCUGUUCACAAUGCUAGAAAAGUCCUCACUCCCCAUUGUCCGGUCUAACCUCAUGAUUGCUACUGGGGAUCUAGCCAUCCGUUUCCCCAACCUGGUGGACCCCUGGACACCUCAUCUGUAUGCUCGCCUCCGGGACCCAGCUCAGCAAGUGCGGAAAACAGCAGGGCUGGUGAUGACCCACCUGAUCCUAAAGGACAUGGUGAAAGUGAAGGGGCAGGUGAGCGAGAUGGCCGUGCUGCUCAUCGACCCGGUGCCACAGAUCGCUGCCCUGGCCAAGAACUUCUUUAACGAACUUUCCCACAAGGGCAAUGCGAUCUAUAAUCUCCUUCCAGACAUCAUCAGCCGCCUGGCAGACCCUGAGGGAGGGGUGGAGGAAGAGCCUUUCCACACCAUCAUGAGGCAGCUGCUCUCCUACAUCACCAAGGACAAGCAGACCGAGAGCCUGGUGGAGAAGCUGUGCCAGCGCUUCCGCACAGCCAGAACUGAGCGGCAGUACCGGGACCUGGCCUACUGCGUGUCGCAGCUGCCCCUCACCGAGCGAGGCCUCCGCAAAAUGCUGGACAAUUUUGACUGCUUUGGCGAUAAACUGUCAGAUGACUCCGUCUUCACUGCUUUUUUGUCGGUUGUGGGCAAACUGCAGCGUGGGGCCAAGCCCGAGGGCAAGGCUAUAAUAGAUGAAUUUGAGCAGAAGCUUCGAACCUGUCACACCAGAGGGUUGGGUGCAAUAGAGGAACUAGAGCUUGGCCAGGGGAGUAGCCGGAUUGCCUCAUCAGCCAGGAAACAGUCAACCGUCUCCAGGCGGCACCAGCAUCCAGUGUCUGCAGACUCAGACAAUGACUUCGUCACACCUGAGCCCCGCCGGACUACCCGUCGGCAUCCAAACACCCAGCAGCGAAUUUCAAAAAAGAAACCCAGAAUUGUCUUUUCAAGUGAUGAGUCCAGCAAGGAAGAGCUUUCAGCAGAGAUGAUGGAAGAGGAGACAUCUAAGAAAACAACCCCCAUCCGCCGAGCGUCCACUCACAUGCCCAGGCCCUAGAAGGCCCUCGCCCGUUCUGUCCCUGCUGUCCAGAGUAUCUUUGGGGUGACCUUCAACUCCGUUCCCCUUGUCAAAUAUAUGCUUGCCUGUCUUCUGGCCUUUUAAUAUGUAAAUGACCUUUAUAAUAUUAUAUGGCAUUUCUCUUAACCUAGCUUAAAUGACCGGAGUUUAGCCACUUUCACUGGAAUAUGUUUGCCAGUCUCCCUAUUUUCUCAUGAAUAAAUGUUUUUAUAAAUUUUUA